AACUUUGAAUUUGAACAUAAAUAGUUGACAUUAAUUACUUUUUCCAACAGUGUUUGAUUAGAAGAAGAAAAAUGAGUUCAUCACCACAAGGAACUUGUAGCUCACUUGAUUCCAUUAGGGAACAUCUUCUUGAUGAUGAUGUUGCUUUCAUGGAAUAUUACUGCUGUUUCUCUUUUGAAACUACUCAAACCUCAAAAGCAGAGUUUGAUGGUUUUUUCGAAAUUGAGGCAAAACCACAUGUUAUCAGCUCAAAUUCUCCGAAGCAGAGUAACUUCAAAGAACGCAAGCCAUCUCUGAACGUUGCAAUACCUGCGAAGGCUGUUGUUGUAGAGAAAGUGGAAGUUGAGAGUGAGAAGAAGCAUUACAGGGGAGUUAGGCAGAGGCCAUGGGGGAAGUUUGCAGCGGAGAUUCGUGACCCGAAUCGAAAGGGGACUCGGGUUUGGUUAGGAACAUUUGAUACUGCUGUGGAUGCGGCCAAGGCAUAUGACAGGGCAGCGUUUAAGUUUAGAGGCAGCAAAGCAAUAUUGAAUUUCCCACUUGAAGUUGCUAACUUUAAGCAACAAAAUCAUGAUGAUGUUGAGAUUAAAACAGCAGGGAGUAAAAGGGUGAGAGAAACAGAGCAAAUAGUAAUCAACAAGGAAAGGAAAAUAGAAGAAGAUGAAAGAAUAGUCCCAACAGCGGCAGCUCCAUUAACACCGUCAAAUUGGUCGACGAUUUGGGAUGGAAAAGGUAUUUUUGAGGUGCCACCAUUGUCUCCACAUAUGAGCUUUUCUCAGCUUGUAAUGAUAUAAUUUGGGAUUAUAUAUAAGUAUUUGAUGAAUAUGCACCUGACUAUAAACUAGUUAGUCUGAGGUGAAUUAGGAUUAGAAUGAUAUGUUUUUUGGAUCUUCAAUCUUUACAAAUUUCAUUCAUUAAGCGUUAUUUAAUAUAAAUACGCAACCAAUCUAA